AUGAAUCGUCUCUUGCUAGUUUUCUUUGCCGUUGCAAUUACAGCUGUGCCGGUCUCCGGCAGCCGCCUCGCUCCAAGAAUCGUCGGAGGCACCAAGGUGACCGAAGGCACCCGCCCCUCCUACAUAGUAUACGUUGGUCUCGGCUAUUCUGACCUGCGAGACGUUGACGGCACCCAAGUCAUCAAAUCCAAACGGGUCAUUAAUCAUCCAGACUUUGACUUCUUCACCAACUGGAAUGACAUCGCCUUGAUUGAGCUGCCUGAGGAGGUCGAACUGACUGACAAGAUACAGACCAUCCCUAUCAACCGUUACGAUGUGGCACCGGGAACCAAACUCAUGAUCAGCGGAUGGGGAGCCAUCAGUUCGAAUCCAGAGGUAUACCCCUACCGUAUGAGACAGGCCAUUGUGGAUGCCUUCGACAGAGAAACGUGCAAGAACAUCUACCUUGGUAUUUUAAAAGAUAUUACCGAAGACAUGAUCUGCGCACAAGCGGAGGAAGGAGGCAAAGAUAAGUGUCUUGCCGACAGUGGCGGUCCAAUCGUCAGCCAUUUUGACCAGGCCGGUGGCGAGGUCCUGCAGGGUCUCAUCAGUUGGGGCCAUGGCUGCGACUCGGAAUACCCUAGCGUGUACACACGCGUGGGCAGCUACUGCGACUGGUUCGCCCAGGUGACCAAGGGUGACGUCACCUGCCAGUAGAGCGCCCUCUUGCGGCUAUUGAACAUUCCCGUAGAUUCAAAGAAAGCUACCGUUGGUUGCUAUUUUCAGUAUUAUUGAAAAAAAACAAACAAUUCUUAUUUGAAUUGAUGACUCUGAA